GAGCUUCGGUUGGUCAGCUGACUCGCUGUCAAAGUACGUCACACGCCCGAGCCACACACGCAUACAAAAACGUACGAUUAAAGGCCACAGAGCGUGAAUGGCGAACGGACGCGUUCGCGCCUUUCGCGACUUGGUGGGGCCGAGAGAAGCGGCGAGUGUCAAAGUUUGUCGACGCCAAAACGGCUUUUAUCGACGACCAAUCCGCUGCGCGAGGUCCAUGAACGGGGACGUCGAGGUCCGAGCCGGUUAGAAGACGACGUAACCGGCGUACGAUCGAUCGGCAAACUUAGUGUAAUGUCGCGUUGCGAAUUAACACACGCGUGAGAGCGUUGUCGCGUCGCUCAUCUCUGUCCUUUGGGUCCAAUCCAUCGUUUUCUCGCCCCGAGCUCUCCUUACAGAGCUAAUUGCACCGGUUUUUUCACGAAAUCGAAACUUGCAAAGAGAGCGGAGUUGCGCGCGGCACAUUCAGCUGUGUGUCGUAUGUAUCGUAAAUCAAACGUGCGUGGAACAACGUAACUUCAAUCAUGGUGGAAGGUGGGAAAAAUAGCAUGCAGAACGGAUUGCUUAGUAAUGGAAUUAACAGGAAGAACUCGGCGGUGCGGCUGCAGAUCGUCCCGACGCAGCCGAAGACGAUCACGCAUCUGCCGAAGAGGCCCCCGGUCGACUUGGCAUUCACCGAUCUUACGUAUAAGGUCCGAGAAGGCCGCAAAAAUAAUUCGAAAACAAUCCUCAAAUCCGUCAGCGGCAGACUGCGGUCCAGCGAGCUAACGGCUAUUAUGGGCCCUUCAGGCGCUGGAAAGUCAACGCUCUUAAAUAUCCUCACCGGAUACAAGACGUCAAGUACAGAAGGCAGCAUCACAAUAAACGGCCAGGAAAGAAACCUCAGUGCCUUCAGGAAACUCUCCUGCUACAUCAUGCAAGAUAAUCAACUUCAUAUGAAUCUAACGGUAGCGGAAGCUAUGAAGGUUGCAGCGAAUCUUAAGCUCAGCUCACACGUUAAUCAAGCGGAAAAAGAAGAAGUGAUUCAGGAAAUCCUUGAAACUCUCGGCUUAUCUGAGCAUCGCCGUACUAUGACCUCGAACCUGAGUGGCGGUCAAAAAAAAAGGCUCUCCAUCGCUCUGGAGUUAGUGAAUAAUCCUCCAAUAAUGUUUUUCGAUGAACCUACUAGCGGUCUGGACUCCUCGUCCUGUUUCCAAUGCAUCUCGUUGCUGAAAACUCUGGCACGUGGCGGCAGAACGAUAAUUUGUACAAUUCAUCAGCCUAGUGCGAGACUUUUCGAGAUGUUCGAUGCUCUCUACACGUUAGCCGAAGGUCAAUGCGUUUAUCAAGGUUCUACAUCACAAUUGGUGCCUUUUCUAAGGGCAAUUGGCCUCAAUUGUCCGAGCUAUCACAACCCAGCAUCGUUUAUCAUUGAAGUGUCGUGCGGCGAAUAUGGCGACAAUAUCAAGAAUUUAAUUAAUGCGAUAAACAAUGGCAAAUACGAUAUACGUGAAGGAUAUCCGUUCCCCGAGACGAAAGAGGGAAUGAAUAAUUGCACUGCUACGACGGGUAUAUUAAAGAACAGCGAUAACUUGGACAAAACGAAGAUCAAAGACAAGAACGAUAUCAGUAAUCUGCAGGAAAAAUUCCCGGAGCAGAAAAGCGAGAUUAGUAAUGGAAGACUCAUUCAUGGCUACGCUACAAACGACAUUGCUAAACAAGCGUUGGAUGUGGCAAUACCAAUGGAUUCGGAUAAGAAGGACAAUGCCAACAUGGCUCUGCUCGAUGAAUCAAUCAUAGUCACACCCGAGAGAUAUGCCACAUCCGAAUUCAAGCAAUUCUAUAUCAUUUUGAAGCGCGCCCUACUUUUCAGUCGUAGAGAUUGGACUCUCAUGUAUCUCCGACUUUUCGCUCAUAUUCUGGUGGCAGGGCUAAUCAGCGCACUGUAUUACGAUAUCGGAAACGACGGCGCCAAAGUACUUAGCAAUUUGGGUUUCUUGUUCUUCAACAUGCUGUUCCUCAUGUAUACUUCCAUGACAAUCACAAUUCUGUCCUUUCCGUUGGAACUACCUGUACUUUUGAAAGAAAACUUCAACAGAUGGUACUCUCUCAAGUCGUAUUACUUGGCGAUUACCAUUUCGGAUUUACCUUUCCAGACUAUAUUUUGUAUAUUGUACGUUACCGUCGUGUACUUCCUGACGAGUCAGCCAGCGGAUAUAAUGCGGUUCUCCAUGUUCUUGGGCACCUGUUUAUUGAUAUCUUUUGUUGCGCAAUCAGUGGGUCUCAUGGUCGGCGCAGCGAUGAAUGUGCAGAACGGCGUGUUCCUCGCGCCAGUAAUGUCGGUGCCUUUCCUCCUCUUCUCAGGAUUCUUCGUCAGCUUCGACGCGAUUCCGGUCUAUCUACGAUGGAUCACAUACCUCAGUUAUAUCAGAUAUGGUUUCGAGGGAACCGCUUUGACCAUUUACGGCUUCGGCCGAGAGAAAUUAAAGUGCUUUCAGGUAUAUUGCCACUUCAAAGAUCCGCAGACGACCCUGGAGGAAUUGGACAUGCUUGACGCUGACUUUACUUUGGAUAUUCUCGCUCUUCUGCUCAUCUUUGUCGUGCUGCGAAUUGCUGCGUAUCUCUUCCUGCGUUGGAAAAUUAAGACCGUCCGAUAGAUCAUCAGUAUGUAUAAACCUUGUAAAAUUAGAUGGUUGCAAGUUGUGCUGGUUAACGCAAGUGUUACCAUCUAUUGCGUAGAACCUCGCAGGCAAAAACGAACAUAUUUUUCGUAAUCUCGUAAAAGAUAUUUUAAAAUGGCGAUACGAAGACUCGGUUCCAGCGUUUCGCGACAUUAAAUCAAGAUACAAGGAACUUUAUGCGGAAAUCAUGAUUUUCGCAACUUCUCGGUGAGAACUCUCGCAAAGAUAACUAUUCAUUGUCGAAGAGACAUUAGUACAUUUCGAAAGUAUCACGAAGUAUGAUCUACUUUUUGUCGCAUUUUAGGGUUGCUGAAGUUUAGUUGAUAGUAGGACCAAUACUAAUGUAACUUAUUUAUAUCCUUAAUUUAAUAACGACGACGGCCGGUAGUUACGAUUGCAACAUUUGUUCAGGGUACUAUUCUAUACUAUAUAUAUAUAUGUGUACACGUAUACAUAUACAGGAUGUCCGGUAAAUUUUAUGAGUACAAAGCGCUUAUAUGUAAAUAGCGAGCUAAACAGUCGAAAGUGGACUUUUCGACUCAUUGUCAGUUUAGUCCGCUCUACUUACAUAGUAAGCGCUUUGUCAAAACUUACCGGACAUACAGGGUAUAUUUCGAAUAUACCCCGUAUAUUCGAGAUAUACUAUCUUCCCUUUUUUAUUGUGUCAGUACUCUCUAAAUCUUUUAGAGUGAAUCUCACUCUGAAGAGUGAAAUCUCA